UCCCUCUCCGGCGGCAAAAGUUUCACGGGUAGCCGCGGAGGCUUGAUAAACGAGCAGCCAUUCAUUGCCAAGAUGCAAAGGUUCAUGCAAAAACAAUGCCAUGUGAGUUUUUUAUAUGUGCGAAAGCCUUCAGAGGCCACACAAAUCUUCUCUCCUUGUUUAUUCGUGUUUCUUGCCCUUUCUUCUCGGUUUCAAACCUCGUCCGUGGGAUUGGAUUUGUCAUUUGCGGCCUAAUUGGCACUCCAAGUCACUAAUCGUGCCAUUUCGCUUGAUCACGGUUUUGUCGGUUCGUCUCCACUCUCUCAUUCAUUCAUGUACUCCAUCGGAUUAUGCCUCUCAGCGGAGUAGUAUAUAAAAAGGCAAGCAACGGUUAUCUCCCCUCGCCAUCCUCAAUUGCAACAUUGCCUUCAGUACUGCUGCCGUAGGAUUUUUUGACAUUUUCCCGCUCCUAGUCCUAGCGUGACAUUGCUCGCUCACGGAUGAGCCCCUCACACGAGCUGCAAUCAGGCAUGGCAUCCCGUUUUACUCUACUGGCGUGCAUCGGCGCGCUGUUUGCCGGCACCGCUGCUGUUCCGCCGGCAACAUUCGUCUUCGGCGACUCGCUCGUCGACGCCGGCAACAAUAACUACAUCGCCACGCUGUCCCGGGCGAAUUAUGCCCCCAACGGCAUCGAUUUCGACGGCCACCAGCCCACCGGCCGGUACACCAACGGCCGGACCAUCGUCGACAUACUAGGGCAAGAGAUGGGGCUGGGAGGGUUUGUGCCGCCCUACAUGGACCCAAACACCACCGGCGACGUCCUGUUCAGAGGCGUCAACUACGCGUCCGGCGGCGGCGGCAUACUCAACCAGACCGGGAGCAUCUUCGGUGGGCGUAUAAACCUGGAUGCGCAGAUUGACAACUACGCCAAGAACCGGCGCGACUUGAUGACACAGCGCGGGGAGGUGGCAGCGGUGAGCCGGCUGAGGGGCGCGCUCUUCUCGGUGACCAUGGGCUCCAACGACUUCAUCAACAACUACCUCGUCCCCGUCCUGUCCGUGCCGGAGCGCGCCGUGACGCCGCCGGAGGCCUUCAUCAACGGCAUGAUCGCCAAGUACCGGCAGCAGCUCAUCAGGCUGUACCUUCUGGACGCCCGGAAGAUCGUGGUGGUGAACGUGGGGCCGAUCGGCUGCAUCCCGUACCUGAGGGACAUCAUGGCGACCGGGGCCGGGGCCGGGGCCGGGGCGUGCGCCGAGUUCCCGAACCAGCUGGCCCAGUCCUUCAACCGCAAGCUGCGCGCCGUGGUGACCGAGCUGGGCGCCGGCCUCGGCGGCUCGCGCUUCGUCUACGCCGACGUCUACCGCAUCGUCUCCGACAUCAUCGCCAACUAUAAGUCGCACGGGUUCGAGGUGGCGGACUCGGCGUGCUGCUACGUGGGCGGGCGGUUCGGCGGGCUGGCGCCCUGCGGACCCACGUCGAGCUACUGCGCGGACAGGUCCAAGUACGUGUUCUGGGACGCGUACCACCCCAGCGACGCCGCCAACGUGCUCAUAGCCAGCCGCAUCCUCGACGGCGACCCGGCGGACAUCUCACCUGUCAACGUGCGCCAGCUGCUCUUCGACGAUGCUUAGCUUGGAACCAAUCGUAUAGUGCUUACUGUAUCUCAGAGCUAGGUAGAAGAUAGCAGCCUGACCGCGCGCUGUCUUGGAAGGUCUCGGUCCUAUUUGUUCAGUUUGCCUACCCCAUUCUAGCCACGCUUCAUCUGCGAGGUGUGUCUGUCUACUUCUACUAAUAAAAAGAAGAAGAAAAAACGAAGCCGUAGCCGUUGAUGAUUGCAGUAUUGUCGAGCUCAAUGGAUAAUCGAUCGCGUGCGACAAAUUGUGAUCCGAUGAAGACGUGCGGUUUAGGCUGUGACGCCGGCGUUUCCAACCAAACCGAAAUUGCAGUUCUUUUUGUUUUGUUUUGAGGGAAAGAAAUCAGAGUAGAAGCGAAACCAUACGCACGGCACGUAACUGACACAUGCCACGCCACCAACCUUAUCAGUCCUUUUUUUCCUUUUUUUUAGGAAAAAAAACCUUAUCAGUCCUUUUUUCCGGAGAAAACAAAAACAUCCAAGUAGCACUAGUAUUUAUCAGAACCGCCCUGAGUCUUCAGUUCGGUGCAGCACUUCGCAAUUUAGAGCAGUUCUCAAAAGUCAAAAGGUCGCUUGCACAAGCACACGGUCCCAAGCUACGAUCGCUCAACCAAAUCGAGACGCUAGCCCGAUUUCACCCGCCCAGCUUGAUGGGGGCCACUUCGCCGGACUCCGGCGACCUCAUCCUGGUCGAGCCGGCGAGGCCGGGGUCCAAGGUCGCCGUGGUGACCAUCAACCGCCCCGAUGCGCUGAACGCGCUGACGCGCUCGAUGAUGAUCUCCCUGGCCUCGGCGUUCCGGCGGCUGGACGCCGACGACGGCGUGGCCGCGGUGGUGCUCGCGGGCCGCGGCCGCUCCUUCUGCGCAGGGGUGGACCUCACGGCGGCGGAGGAGGUCUUCAAGGGCGACGUCAACGACCCCGCCGCUAACCCCGUCGCCCAGAUGGAGCUCUGCCGGAAGCCCAUCGUCGGCGCCGUCGCCGGGUUCGCGGUCACCGCGGGCUUCGAGAUCGCACUCGCCUGCGAUCUCCUCGUCGCUGGCCGCUCCGCCAAGUUCCUCGACACCCACGCCAAGUUUGGGAUAUUUCCUUCUUGGGGUCUUUCACAGAAGCUCUCUCGUCUCAUCGGGCCAAACAGAGCACGACAAGUGUCACUUGCUUGCAUGCCUGUCACUGCUGAAAUGGCUGAGAAGUGGGGGCUUGCUAACCACAUUGUGGAAGAUAGUCAGGUGCUGAGUAAGGCCAUAGAGGUCGCCGAGGCCAUUGUGAAGAAUAACCGCAACUUGGUGGUGCUAUACAAGUCAGUUAUAAAUGAUGGGCUUCAGCUGGACAUGAAACAUGCCCGAGCUCUUGAAAAGGAAAGAGCUGUCAACUAUUACAAUGGCAUGACAAAGGAGCAAUUUGCAAAUAUGCAGAAGUUUAUACAAGGCCGGAGUUCUAAAGCACCAUCGAAGUUGUAGAUGCGGUGCUCUGUGUGUAUGUGCCUUUUUAUUAUAUGGCUCCUUUUAUUAUAAAGCUUGUGGAAAUGUCAAAUUGCUACUCCUAUUACUGGAAGACCCACGUUGUUUUACUUUGAA